AGAGGAGGCCAAGGAACUUCGUUUUCGCAACUUUACGCGACGAGUACAAAUGCUGCUGGGCCCUUCUGUUUUAUAAUGUCAGUACAUCGCUCGUCUAUGAAGGCUUGCCAACAGCCGUGAGUACCGACUUUUCCAUAAGCCCCUCUGACCUGGCAUGUUGCUUGGUCACCUUGGUAUGUCUCGCGGUCGAUACCCGGUCUGAAGAGACCGCAGAAUUGUUUGCGUGUGGUAUUGUCAUGCUUAUCGAUGUCCUCAAUCGGUCUCCUGCUCCUUCAUUCGGGCGAGUGAAGGAAUACUUACUCACAUGUUUCCCAUAUAGCCGGCAAGCUCUACUUCCAUGCGUUGCAAAGGCCACAGGAGGAUGCGGCGGUCAUUGCCUAUGGUACAGAUUUCGAGAGUGCAUGUCUCACUUCGGCGAACCGAAGUCCCGCGCUAAGUCUCUACCGUCCAUCAAACCCCAUCGCAGCUUCGUUCCUUGUUUCGAACACACAAAUGAUGGUUCCCUGUGAAGGAGGGAGUAGCAGCGUUGAUAUUCUAGUCUUGACGUUGCAUCUCAGAUGGUCGAACUGGCCCGCAGAGAUUCCGCUCGAAGAAGUUCCAGGUUGGAGACCGAAUAUCGUCGGAUAUGCUAAGACCGCAGGGAUCGAUCUUACUGAGCAGGACGUUGCUGGCCUUGAACGAUUCCUCAAGGGCGAGAUGGAUAUGCCAGUGAUAGAUGAGAUUCCAGCUAUCGAGAAGAACAAAGAAGCUGGUAACCGUGAUCGUUGGUCGUAUCAUAAGAAGUUCAUGACGUACAGCAGGGAACAUGGAACGAUCGGGGGUAGCUCUGGCAAUAUCCUGAAAUGGACUCGCAAGGAGCGGGAAGAAGCCAGCUAUACAGGCAAAGACCUGCUGCAGGUAAUGGAGAUGUCGAUGAAAAUGUUUCCAUUCACAACGCUCAUCGCUGAAUCGCAGCAGCAAUGA